UUGGUCCCGUUUCGGUUUCGGUUCUUGGCCGGGGCGGAGCCUCGCAGCGUCCGGAUGGCCGGGGGGGUGCUGGAGGUGCGGGGGGUCCCCCCCGACGCCCCCGAGGAGCUGCUGGUGCUGUACUUCGAGAGCCGGCGGCGCUCGGGCGGGGGGCCCGUGCAGAGCUGCCAGCGCCUCGGGCCCCUCCUCUUCCUCACCUUCGAGGACCCCCAGGAUGCACAGAACGUGUUGGCCCACGGCAGCCACAGGCUCGGGGGGGCCGAGCUGGGGGUGCGCCCGGCCCCCCCCUGGGACCCCUGCCACCUGCUGCUGCGGGGUCUGGAGCCCGGGACCCCCUCUGAGCGCCUGGGGACCCUGCUGGGGGUGUCCCCUGGCACUGUCACCCUGUGCCAGCGCUCGGUGCCCGGCUGGAGCCUGCUGCGGCUGCAGGACCCCCUGAGCCCCCCAGAGCUGGCGUCGGCGGAGCAGCGGGCACGGCGGCAGGGGCUGGCGCUGCUGCGGGUGCCACGGAGCCCCGCGGUGCUGGUGAGGGCAGCGGGGCCGGUGCUGGGCCGGGACCUGCUCGAGCUCUACUUUGAGAACCGGCGCAGCGGCGGCGGCCGCGUCAGCGACGUGCGGCUGCUGCCAGGGGGACGCGGGGCCAUCGUCACCUUCCAGGAGCCGGCAGACGCAGAGCGGGUGCUGCAGAGGCCACACCGGCUUCAGGACACGGUGCUGGAGCUCACUCCCCACUUUCCCUUCCUGGAGCUGCUGGAGGAGAACACGGACGUGCCCCUGGACGCUGUCCCCGCUCCGGACAGGGCCUCUCCUCCUGACGUGGAGCCCCUGCUGGUCAGGGAGCCCUUGCUGGACACAGAUUGCCCGCCGGACUCAGUGCCAUCCUCAGACCCCACCGUGGCACACACGAACCCCACACCAGACACAGCGCCAGCACCGGCAGCACCAGCAUCACACCCAGGGCCGGGGCAGCCCCCAAACACCUUCCCCAGCAGGGACAAGGACACAGAGGGGUUCAGGGCUGUGCCCAGCCAGGCCCAAGCCCCCAGGCCCCUGUCAGUGGUGGUGCCAGAGCCGGUGCCAGCGGUGUCGGUGCAGGAUGAGGUGCUGGUGCCAGCGGAGCCGGGAGCCGUGCGCUACCUGCAGCAGCACUACCAGGACAUGCUCAGCAGCGUCCCCGAAGUGUCCCUGCUGCCACUGGAGGGGGGGGACAUCUCUGGGUUCCGGGUGAGCGGGGAGCCAGGCCGGUGCCAGGCCGUGGCGGAUUUCCUGCAGAGCCUGCUGGACUCUGUGGCCUCGCACCCCGCAGCCCUGCGCUUCCCUGGCGUUGCCCGCUUCCUGUGGGACGUGGCUGGGCAGAGCCUCCUGCAGCAGCUGGAGAGCCGCUUCCAGUGCGUCAUCCAGCUGGACGGUGAACCCUGGAGCCCUCCAGAUCCCCAGCUGGAGCUGGAGGAGCUGCUGCCCCCAAGCAGGGAGCCUCGGCCACACUCCUGGCACCAGGACCUGCCUGAGGGCCACAAUGCCGCUGCUGAUGGCGAUGGUGAUGGUGGUGGCCACGGCUUCCAUUCCAGCGCAGAGGAGAUCCAGGAGGUGCUGGCAGCGCUGCGCCCGAGUGACACCGACAGCCGUGGCAGCCCCGACCCGUGGCCUGACACCGUCCCUGGUGAUGAGCGGGACCCCAACGCCGCGUUCAUCUGUGCGGCCGGUGGGGACGGUGCCAAGGAGCUGCUGUUGGACACCGGCGUGGAGGAGGAGGAGGAGGAGGUGCAGAUGGCUCUGGCCAUCCAGUACUCCAUGGACCACGCGAGGCACGAGCAGGAGGAGCUGGCGCGCGCCACGGCUCUGUCCCUGCGCUCCUACAGCCGGGAGCAGGAGCAGGAGCAGGCCCAGGAGGAUGCCAGGCUGCUGGCCGCGCUGGAGGCCUCGCUGGAGGAGGUGCUGCAGGCGGCGGACACGGCGCGGGUGAUGGUGUUCUGCUCCUCCGAGCGGGACGCCUCGGCGGCGGCGCGGGAGCUGGAGCGGGCGCUGGCGGAGCAGCAGCGGGCGCAGGACGUGGCGAGCGAGCGGCUGCGGACGCUGCCGGCCGCCGGCCACUGCGCGCUGGCCCUGCUGCGGUGCCGGCACGCCGUGCAGCUCAGCCUGCGCGGGGACACCGCCACGCUGCGCGGCUUCGCCGACUACAUGGCCCCAGCCGCCCGAGAGCUCACCUCGCUGCUCCACCGCCUGCCAUUGCCAGGGCAGUGCCAGGGCAGUGCCAUGACCCGCUCCGCUGCCACCGCUGCCACCGCCGCCACCACCGCCACCGCGCACUGGGUGCGCUGGGACCCCUCUGGCACCGCUGUCCUCUAUGCCCCCGAGGCAGCGGCGCUGCUGGAGCAGGCCUGGUCGCGCCAGGAGCGCCGGCUGGAUCUGGUGCUGGAUGGGCGACCCUUCACCGUGGAUUUGGAGCGCAUGGAGGAGUUCGACAUCGGCAGCGCCCGCGCCAUGCCCGUCUGCCGCAGCCAGCCCCCGCUGGACAGCACCUUCUUCCUGCUCGCAGGGCCAGAGGUGGCUGGGCUGGAGGAGGAGGUGCGGCUGAUGGCGCUGGCUGAAGACUCAGAGGAGUUCGCUGACACAGUGCGCCACUUCUGCAGCACUCUGGAGGAGCUGCACAGCCAGAUCAGCGUCGUGCAGGUGCAGAAGCUGAUCCAUCCAGUGCUGUACAAGCAGUACCAGCUGAAGAAGGGCAGCGUGAAGCGCGCCUGCGCCGCCGGCACCACCGUGGAGCGCGUCCUCUUCCACGGCACCACCAAGGCCUCCAGCUGCGAGAUCUGCCUGCAUGGCUUCAACCGCAGCUUCUGCGGGAAGAACGCCACGCUCUACGGCUGCGGCGUUUACUUCGCGGCGCGCGCGGCCAUCUCGGCUCGGGACCGCUACUCGCCGCCCAGCGCCAACGGCACCAAGUUCAUCUUCGUGGCCAAGGUGCUGACCGGGGAGUUCGCGGCCGGGCAGCCGGGGCUGCAGGCACCCCCUCUGCGCGAGGGCUCCGUGGCGCCCCGGCGCUUCCACAGCGUGGUGGAUGACCCGCGGCAGCCCGACAUCUUCGUCAUCUUCAACGACACCCAGGCCUACCCGCAGUACCUCAUCACCUGCCGCAGCCGCCACGGGGGCCCCCUCUGAGCCCCCCGGCAGGGGCUCUGCCCCAAGGACCCCUUUUUAUCCUCUCGGCGUCCCCUGGCACUGGUGCCAAAGCGGGGGUUACGGUGUCCAGGGGCUCGAGGUGUGCAGGGGUGCUCCUGCACUGCCCAGGAGCUCAGAGUUGGGGGAUCCUCACUUGGGGAUGCUCCUGGGCACCCUCGUGCCAGGGCAGGAGGUGGGCAGGAGGACUUUGGGUCACCCGUGUGACACCAGUGAAAUUUGGAAUAAAACUGCAAAUAAAAUUUGGAAUUUUAAAUAAA